UCCGUGCAUGCUCGGUGAUGCCGUCUCCUCGCCGCGCUGCCCGGCCUUACGGAAACUCGCCGUCCAUGGUGCCUCGGGUCUUGCCAACUUUGCGAUCCGCUCAGAUUCUCUCCUGGAAAUCGAGCUAAAACAUCUCAAGGGAGACGGCGCCCUUGGUCUGGGCAACAUCACCAUUCGCUCCGAGUCUCUCUUGCAAAUUGGUCUGAUAAAAGUGCAUGACAUGCAGCAGCUCACCGUCCUUGCGCCGGCGCUCCAAGUGUUAAAUGUGACCUACUGCUUUGCUCAUGGUUCGACUUACAGUGAGCCGGUUGCAAACAUCUGUGCCCCUCAGCUCAUGUGCCUCUAUUGGACCGAUGCCUAUGAACCAAGCUCAACCCAGUUUGGCAACAUCAGAAAUCUCAAGUGGCUGGACACAUACCCUUUUCUUGUAUAUGGACAAGAUUCCCGGAGAUUAUCAAAUGAGUGGUGUUUGGGCCUAAUGCGGCGCUUUGAGAGCAUCCUGUAUCUCACAUUCAUCCUUGUCUAUCCGCUGGACAUUACCAACAAACAGUACUUGAUGGAAGACAUUACAAGGUUCCCGGACAUUGAAGGCUUGGCCCUGGAGAUAAAGCCAAAAGGACAUUCCUUUGGAGCAAGUGUGUUUCAUGUUCUCCGGAUGUGUACUGGUGUAAAAAGGCUGCGAUUUACACUUAUGGAUGUAAUUAGCCACACCGAGGCACAAAGUGCAUGCCCAUCAGAUUGUGUCUGCGAUCAGCUCCCAAAUUGGAAGACCCAGGAACUCGCGCUGAAUUGCCUCCAAGAAGUAACAAUCCAUAAACUGAAUGGAACUGAACAUGAAGCUGCUCUUAUCAAACGGUUAUUCGAUUGGGCAACAGCGCUAGAAAAUAUGACAAUAGCAUUCCAUGACUCAGUCCCCAAAAGAAAAGCCAAGGAGUUCUUCCAGAUGCUUCAAAGUUUUUCCAGGCCAGAAAUAUGUAUGAAGGGCCCUCGCUUCGCCUAAUGUAGUCGUCUCAACAUUAGCUGAGAACCAAGCGUGCCUGAAACUUAACGCAUACUGCUGCUUCUCCAAGAACACUUGAGCAUGUUCCAAAAGACCAACUCACCAGUUUGUUGGUCUACACUUGUGGUCGUUUUGCAGUUCUCUUAUCUCAUAUCAAUAUCAGUUGCACCCUUUUGUUUACAUGAGAGUCUGGUUGAUCAGGCUUUAUCAAUCGCAGUGUUUAGCGCACUACCUUAUAUAUAUUUUGCAGGGUGUACUAGACUGUUCAUACAUUUGUAUCAUUCAGAUGUUCUUUUUAUUUACUGUACAUUUUACAUUUGGAUGUCUAAGCUGA